CCAGGAGUUCAAUACCCAGGUGGCUCUGUACCGGGAGCUGGUGAUUUCAAUUGGGGAUGUCUCAGUUACCUGCCCUUCUCUGCAUGCGGAAAUGCACAAAACUCGAACCCGGGGAUGUGAGAUGGCCUACCAGGCUCAUCAAAAACUAGCAGCAAUUUCUGGCCCAGAAGAUGGUGAAAUUCAUCCUGAAAUCUGUAGGCUGUACAUCCAGUUGCAGUGUUGCUUAGAAAUGUACACCACAGAAAUGCUUAAGUCCAUGUGUCUUCUAGGAUCACUGCAGUUUCAUCGGAAAGCAAAGGAACAUUUUACCAGAAUGCAGCAGUUUAGAGAACCUGCCCAAAAAGAGCUUCUUAAGAUCCAGGAAUUUCUAGGAAAAGAGCCUUGUGCCCCAGCCAAGAUCCUAAAUACUAAAGUGGAGGAGAGUUCCGAAGUACCUAUUUUAGAAGACACGUCAUCAUCACCAACAGAUAUUCAGCAGCACUUAUGGCAGGUUUCCACAGAUAUUGAUAACACUGAAAGAGAUAUGAGAGAAAUGAAAAACCUUUUAAGUAAACUCAGGGAGACUAUGCCUUUACCACUGAAAAAUCAAGAUGAUAGCAGCCUCCUAAACUUGACUCCGUAUCCAUUGGUAAGAAGACGGAAGCGAAGAUUCUUUGGACUGUGUUGCCUUGUCUCAAGUUAGAAGAUGAAGUACAGAAGCACCAAGAAAACCAUUACUUUGAUUAAACCACUAUUAUUUGGCCACUGAAAAGAUGAACAUUACUACUCUUGAUUAUAAAGUACAUUUUCUACACUAGCCUAUUCCUUUUUCUCUUCUGCUUCAUCCCCCUUUUCAAAAUAAGAGUUUUAAUAGUUUGAAGUUAUGGUGGUCAAAAACCAGCUGUGGAAUAGAUCUAACAUAACUAAGAAUGUUUUAAAAACUUUUUAAAGUAUGUUUUGCAUGCUUAUGUUCAGCCACUCCAAGAAAAGACACAUGAAUUAUGGUUAAUAGAUAAUUUUUAAGUUUUUUUUUAUUGUUUGAACUGCAGCUAAAAGUUUGUGCAUAGUACAGUACUCUUAUUAGUAUCAUAUUAAAAUACUUGAUCAUAUUCUAACAGUCUUUAAGCAUAGAAAACUAUUUAACAGCAAAAGUAUUAAACUUCUGAAACAUUUAAACAAUAUUGUAACAGAAUUUGCACAAAACCUCCAGUUGCUUUUUGUGCUCUCAUUCAUAUUUAGUCUUCCACUAUAUCUCAAUUAAAAAGCUUCAUAGAAAAAUAUCUUAAUUUAUGGCACACAAACCAUAUAAGAAAAUACUUAGAACUUGUAAAUACAGAGAAAUCAUAGUAUCUACAUACUGUACAAUGCGUAGAAGCAACAGAUUUCCUUCUAAGCCUAUAGUGUCUCUACAAGCUUUUGGAAAAAAUAAAUAAUUUAUGAAAAGAAGGUGUAUUAAAAUAAACAAUGUAAAACACAACACCAACCGAUUUUGUUUCCAAUAGAAUUCAAAGCAUGGUGUCUGCAUAUCACUAAGUACUAACUCCUAUAGGGCAUGCCAGAAUUAUCUCAAAUUCUAAGAUACUAAACGUUUUACAUUGUUAAUAAAGAUUUUUAUUUAAACUAACUCUUUUCUUGCUUCUAGUUAUAUUGCAAUAAUAUGCCUUUUUUUUUUUCUAAUUUUGUUGUCAGAGUAGUGCAGUAAGUUUUGAUGAUUUUUCCAUUUCAAGUACUAUGAUAACAAACACAUGUAAAAAAUUGUGAUGAAUAUAUAAAUGGUAAAUUGACAGCUAGUAGCAGCAAUAGAAAUGAAUAGGUCAGACUCAUUGUACUGAGAUUUCAGGAUGAUAGGCAGGACACCAGAACUAGACUAAUACUAGACUGCAAUGCUAUGAAACCUGUAACAGUCUUUAAUUAUUGCAUAGAGCAGGUCACCGUACCCUUGUAGUCAGUAAUACAUGAGGAAGGUGACUAUGAGCCCUUCUGCCAUUCCACCAAGACCCAGCACAUCAACAGGAACCAAAUUCCUUCUUACUGUGUGAGGGUUUAGUGGCGCAUAAAGAGAUACUGUUUCCUUGUCACAUGAAACACCCAUACAGUUAAAUUCUAUGUGUUUUUUUAGGAUACUAGUACACUCCCGAAACCAGUUUGUUGGGGAUAGCUAUAACUAUAUCUGGCACCUACAAAGUUUGAACUGACUCAUUUUGAUAUCAGGUUUUUCUCCUAGAAUGCUGUUUGCUGAACAAGGAAGGAAACACCCACAUUGUUGGGUCAAUAACAAGGACCAAAAAUUCAAAUCUAAUUCCCAAGACAGGAAGACAGAAUGCCACACCAUUCCUGUUUCAGGCAUUCAUGUAACUGAGCUUCCAGAAUUUCUCUGGAAGGAUAUUUUUCUUUUCACUCAGAUGAUAAAACAGAGUGCUUUGGUUUUUUCCAGAACAGAACCAGUCUGUUCGUUUUUCACCUUUCUGUCUCCUAGAUAAAAAAUGUAUAUUUGAAAAAUGAGGCCCUCAAAUAAAUACUUUAACUACAAUAACAGCAAAUAAAUCUAAAAUGCUCUCAUGGAAAUUGUGUGUUUCCAUAAGCACAAUUAAUUCCAUCUGAGGAAUGCAUGACUGAAUUCUUUAAAUAUCACAGAAAAAGGAUUUCAGGUCACAAAAUGUUCUUCAGUGUACAUGGCAUUUAAUGCAGGGAGAUCCCUGCACACUCACAAAGCUGUGUGCUUGUGAGUUCAAAUGCAUUUUUCAUAGAAUCGUAGAAUGGUUCUAGUUGGAAAAUCAUCUAGUUAAAAUCCCCUGCUGUGGCAGAGACACCUCCCACCAGAGCAGGUUGCUCAAAGCCCCAUCCAGCCUGGCCUUGAACACCUCCAGGGAUGGGGCAUCCACAGCUUCUCUGGGCAGCCUGUUCUGGUGUCUCACCACCCUCACAGGAAAGAAUUUCUUCCUAGUAGCUAAUCUGAAUCUACCCUCUUUCAGUUUAAAACCAUUACCCCUCCUUAACUCAUUAACUGUCCUCAUUAACUGUCCUAGUUUUCCAUAAUAAGUAGGUAAAGAAUGACCGAAAGAUGGCAGCAAUGAUGUGUUUUUGUUAGAAGUCUACAAGCAGACUUGCCUUAUGACGCCAUCCCCAGAGAAACAACAGGUUUUGCAAUUGUUAAAAUUUUGGAAAAAUAACUCCUGAUGUCUAGUGGCUAUUAAAAAUAUUGUCUGGGGAGUUAUCUAUAAUUACAAUUAACCAAUUAAUUUUGGUUCCACAUAAAUUAAAAAGACAGACUGUUACUAUUUUAUUAAUCCUGUAGGUGUUAAUGCCAAAAAGCAACAUAUGAACAAAAGACUAAAUAUGCAGCAAUGCUAUGAGAAAGGAAGGAACAAAAUUUCACAAAAGCAAACUUGUUAAUUCUUUCAAAAACUUGUUAUAUUAGUACACACACAUACAUUGCUUUAUCAGUUCAGUGUGAUGUCUUUUCAUAACUGCUUUCAAAGGAAGAUUAACCAGUAAGCCUGUUUAGUGCAGUACCUGCCCACAUAUCAUCACACUUAAGUUAACAUGCCAAGUUACAUGACAGCUCGAAUCUCUGUGUUUUUAUCACAUCUGUUGGAAUAGAGUGUACGUUAUAUAUGAGACAAAUGUAUACAUGUUAAUUAAUUAUGCAAAGCUCUUGACAUCCGUCAUACCUCAUUACAAUUUGCUGCACAACUUUAGCACAUUCUGUGAUGGAAACAGAUUUACAUACGUUGUCUUUAAAGUCUUUCCUGUGUGCACUGCUUUAAA